CCUGUGAUCACACAAAUCAUUAUCUCAAUUUUACCCCUAAGAUUCCUUCAAAUAAAUCGCAUACACACAUCUCAAACCUUAUACUCUCAAGGGCAAAACGGCCCCUCUACAUAUGACAAAAUUUGCAGAGUAAACAAAUCAGACCCAAUUUCUCUUCACUCUCUCACUACAAAACAGAGGUGCAGCUGAAUUGAGAAAUAAUCACCCAGUUCAGUAUGAAGGCAUCAAUCAAAUUUAGGGAGGAGCAGAGGCCACUGCUGAGAGCUAAAAUCCCCAUAAACAUUCUCAAUUACCCAUUUCAAUCGGGGGUUGUCGCCGGAGAAUCCAAAGAAUUAUCGCUGAAUCUCAGCACCUACUUCGAAUCUGGUCCUUCCCUCAAAUUCGCCUACCGCCCAAACGAUUCAGAAAGCCCCUUCAGCUUCAUCUUCAAGACUGGAAUCGGGCAUUACGGGUCGCCGAUCCGAAGCCCUCUCACCAUGAGCGCCGAGUUCAACGUCAUCGGCUGCGAAAACCCUAGCUUCUUCAUCCGGUUCAAGCCCGAUUUGGGCGAUUUCUCGGUCAAGAAACUAAUCUCUUCCGCCAUCGUCAGGAAAUUGGGGGGGAAAUCGAACCCUGGCGCCGCCGACGAGGGGAAUUUCGUCAAAAAUGUCGCCAGCCUUUUCCCGGCUGUUGAAUCGAAGGCGGCGGCGGGCUGGCUGGUGAACGGGAUAGUCAGAGGCACGGACCUGACCGCCACGACGGCCCUCCCGUUGCGAGAUUGCGCGAUGAUUAAUUUCCGGUGGGGGCUUAGGGUUCCGCGGAGUGGUGAUUACGACGCGUUGGGGGUGCAGCGGCGGACUGAUCGGGCGGGUGGGUAUAGGCUGCCGCAGCUGGUGAUGGACAAAAUUGGGAUCGAACACGUGGCGAAAGCGGAUUCGAAGCCCGGGCCCACCGAGGAGUACGGCAAGCUGGCUGGGGCGUGUUUGGAGGUGAAGAAACAGCUCGAGGUCAUUCAAGCUGAGAAUGGCUCCUUGAAUAAGGCGUUGACCGAUUUCAGAUCGGAUUUGGCCGCCGGAAAAAUGGAAAUCGUGCCCCAAGAUCACCGGAAUAUGAAGGAUUCCGGUGCCGGAGGUGAACCCAAUGAAGGAUUGAAGGCUGCAUAAUCUUGUUUGUGAAGUGAUUAAUGCAUGCUUUAUUUGAGGUUUUUGUUGCAUUUCAAUUUCAUUGAUAUACUAAGUGAAAGUAUGUUAGUUUUGUUUAGGGUUUUUUGAUUGGUGCUAAAGAUUAUGUGAUGGAUGUGAUUGUGUAAAUUUCUAUGCUUUGAGAAAGAUUUUGGAUGAAUUUUCAUGCA